AUGCAUCUGCAUCAGGUCCUCACCGGGGCUGUCAACCCUGGAGACAACUGCUACUCCGUGGGCAGCGUCGGGGAUGUCCCCUUCACGGCAUACGGAUCAGGCUGUGAUAUUGUUAUUUUGGCAAAUGACUUUGAAUGUGUGCAGAUCAUUCCUGGUGCUAAGCAUGGAAACAUCCAAGUCAGCUGUGUGGAGUGUUCUAACCAACAUGGAAGAAUUGCAGCUUCAUAUGGUAAUGCUGUUUGUAUUUUUGAGCCUUUGGGCAUAAAUUCUCAUAAGAGAAACUGUCAACUCAAAUGUCAGUGGCUUAAAACUGGGCAGUUUUUUUUGAGUUCUGUGACAUACAACUUAGCAUGGGACCCUCAAGAUAACAGAUUAUUGACAGCAACUGAUUCUGUUCAGUUGUGGGCUCCUCCAGGAGGUGAUAUUCUGGAAGAGGAGGAAGAAAUCGAUAAUAAAAUUCCUGUUUUAAAUGAUUGGAAGUGCAUCUGGCAGUGCAAAACCUCAGUAUCUGUACAUUUGAUGGAAUGGUCUCCUGAUGGUGAAUAUUUUGCUACUGCUGGAAAGGACGAUUGUCUUUUGAAAGUAUGGUAUCCAAUGACUGGUUGGAAGUCUUCAAUUAUACCUCAGGAUCAUCAUGAAGUGAAAAGGAGACAGGCUUCUACUCAGUUUUCCUUCGUUUACUUGGCACAUCCCCGAGCCGUGACAGGUUUUUCAUGGCGUAAAACUAGCAAGUAUAUGCCCAGGGGUUCUGUCUGUAAUGUGUUAUUAACUUCAUGCCAUGAUGGUGUGUGCCGGCUCUGGGCAGAAACCUUAUUACCAGAAGACUGUCUUUUGGGUGAGCAGAUUUGUGAGACUACCACUUCCAGCAUUGCCAGUAAUCUUCCUCAUGCUGGAAGACAUAAAGACAGAAUACAACAUGCUCUUGAGACAAUACACCAUUUGAAAAAUUUAAGGAAGGGACAAAGAAGGUCUUCUGUUCUUGUAACUCACACUGAAUUAACGCCUGACCAGAUGGCAACACAUGAAGUUCAAAGACACAUUUCCCACCAUGCAAAUGCACUGUGUCAUUUUCACAUUGCAGCAAGCAUCAACCCUGCCACAGAGAAGUGUCGCAUAAUUCGGAGGAGAAAGAGAUCAGAUAGAUUAAGGCAGGUUUCUUUUUCUUCUCGGAUUCCUGUUGCAUUUCCCUCUGGUGAUGCAAGCUCUCUCAGUAAAAAUAUCAUGAUGUAUGCCUGUGUAAAUGCUUCAAAAGAUUCUCGCCACACUCUCUUACACCGAGAGAUGAUGUCUGUAGACAGUCCUCACGGAUCACAGCCACACUCCAGAUCACACAGUACGAAUAUGAACAUUUUAGCUCCCACAGUAAUGAUGGUCUCCAAACACAUAGAUGGUUCUUUAAAUCAGUGGGCAGUCACUUUUGCUGAUAAAUCUGCCUUUACCACUGUUCUGACUGUAUCUCACAAAUUUAGAUAUUGUGGUCAUCGAUUUCACCUCAAUGACUUGGCAUGUCAUUCAGUUUUACCACUGUUAUUGACGUCGUCUCAUCAUAAUGCUUUGUUGACUCCUGAAUCAGAUUGUCAGUGGGACUCAGACAAUAAGUUAAGUAGAUUAAUGGAUCCUGUAAAACAUUUAAAAGGUUCCUCGAAACAACCUCUUAGAAAUGCAGCAACCCGUACAUUUCAUGACCCAAAUGCAAUCUACAGUGAACUUAUUCUGUGGCGUGUAGACCCAAUAGGACCUUUGUCAUACACUGGAGGAGUAUCAGAAUUGGCUCGGAUUAACUCUUUACAUACCUCAGCCUUCUCUAAUGUGGCUUGGCUUCCAACUCUUAUUCCCAGUUACUGUCUUGGAACAUACUGCAAUUCUGCAAGUGCUUGCUUUGUUGCUUCUGAUGGCAAAAAUCUGAGACUCUAUCAGGCUGUGGUAGAUGCAAGGAAAUUACUGGAUGAAUUGUCAGAUCCAGAAUCUUCAAAACUUAUUGGAGAAGUGUUUAAUAUUGUGAGCCAACAGUCUACUGCUCGACCUGGCUGCAUUAUUGAACUUGAUGCAAUAACCGACCAAAAAUGCGAGACUAAAGUUUCAGAAGGUGUCUCAUCUGAGAGUUUGCUUCCAGUCCCUGGGCAGAAGAAUGUAGACUCUUCUCCAGAAACCUCUCCUAGUGUGAGCCCCAUGCCACAUUCUUCGUCGAUUGCCAAUCUACAAACUGCUAGUAAACUUAUUCUGAGUUCUAAACUGGUAUAUAGCCAGCCUCUUGAUCUCCCAGGAGCAGUUGAAGUAGUAAGAGCAACACCUUCAGCAGGCCAUCUGAGUUCUUCUUCAAUUUAUCCAGUGUGCCUUGCACCUUAUUUAGUGGUUACAGCUUGUUCUGACAAUAAAGUACGCUUCUGGAAAUGUUGUAUGGAAACCAACACAGAAUGUAAUAAAAGUGAUGAGAAAGAAAUCUAUCACUGGAGGAAAUGGCCCUUGAUGAACGAUGAAGGAGAAGAUAAUAGCAGUACAGUGAGCAUUGUGGGAAGACCAGUUGCUGUUAGCUGUUCAUACACAGGUCGCCUUGCAGUGGCUUAUAAGCAGCCAAUCCACCACAAUGGUUUUGUUUCUAAAGAAUUUUCCAUGCAUGUUUGUAUAUUUGAAUGUGAAUCUACAGGAGGAUCAGAAUGGGUUUUAGAACAAACAAUUCAUCUUGAUGAUUUGGUUAAGGUUGGAAGUGUACUUGAUUCAAGGGUCAGCGUUGACAGUAAUCUGUUUGUAUAUAGCAAAUCAGAUGCACUUUUGAGCAAGGAUAGAUAUCUUAUUCCGAAUAUCAAGCAUUUAGUACAUUUGGACUGGGUAUCAAAAGAAGAUGGCUCCCACAUUCUCACAGUGGGGGUUGGUGCUAAUAUCUUCAUGUAUGGGAGGCUUUCAGGAAUUGUGACUGAGCAAACGAACAGUAAGGAUGGAGUAGCUGUCAUUACUUUACCACUAGGUGGUAGUAUCAAGCAAGGAGUUAGGUCAAGAUGGGUUCUUCUUAGAUCCAUAGACUUGGUGUCUUCUGUUGAUGGUACACCUUCACUGCCUGUUUCUCUCUCUUGGGUAAGAGAUGGAAUAUUGGUGGUAGGAAUGGACUGUGAAAUGCAUGUAUAUGCACAGUGGAAGCAUGCUGUGAAAUUUGGAGACACUGAAACUGAUAGUCCUGAUGCAGAAGAGGCAGCAAUACAAGAUCAUUCGGCCUUUAAAUCUAAUAUGCUGGCAAGAAAAAGUAUUGUUGAAGGAACAGCUGUUGCCGAUGAUAUUUUUUGUUCACCAACUGUAGUUCAAGAUGGUGGCUUAUUUGAGGCUGCACACGUACUUUCCCCUACUCUUCCACAAUAUCAUCCAACUCAACUGUUAGAAUUGAUGGAUUUAGGGAAAGUUCGAAGGGCUAAAGCCAUUCUCUCUCAUUUAGUAAAAUGUAUUGCGGGUGAAGUUGCAAUAGUUAGAGAUGCUGAUGCUGGAGAAGGAAGUAAGCGACAUCUGUCUCGAACCAUUAGUGUAAGUGGCAGUACAGCAAAGGAUACAGUCACCAUAGGAAAAGACGGUACUCGAGAUUAUACUGAGAUAGAUUCUAUCCCUCCACUACCACUAUAUGCAUUGCUUGCCGCAGAUCAGGAUACAUCCUACAGAAUUUCAGAAGAAAGUACAAAAAUACCACAGAGCUUUGAAGAUCAUACUGAAGGUCACCCAGAGGAUCAAUAUUCAGAGCUGUUUCAAAUCCAGGAUAUAACAACAGAUGAUAUCGAUUUAGAACCAGAAAAGAGAGAACACAAAUCAAAAGUAAUAAAUCUUUCUCAGUAUGGACCAGCUUACUUUGGCCAAGAACAUGCUAGGGUACUUUCAAGUCAUCUUAUGCACUCAAGUCUACCAGGCCUUACCCGUUUGGAGCAGAUGUUCCUUGUAGCAUUGGCUGAUACAGUGGCUACCACCAGUACAGAGCUUGAUGAAAACAGAGAUAAGAGUUACUCAGGAAGAGACACCCUAGAUGAGUGUGGUUUGAGAUACUUGUUAGCUAUGCGCCUGCAUACAUGCCUUUUGACUUCACUGCCUCCUUUAUACCGAGUGCAGCUGCUUCAUCAAGUUUUCAGGUCACAGCAUGAUGAAAAAAUGACAACAUUUUUCAGCCACAAUUUUAAUGAAGAUAGGUGGCGUAAAGCUGCUUUGAAAAAUGCUUUUUCUUUACUUGGAAAACAACGCUUUGAACAAUCUGCCGCUUUUUUCUUACUAGCUGGUUCAUUGAAAGAUGCCAUAGAGGAGGACGAACAUGAAGUUAUCAUCAAAUCUUGUAACCCAGUGGUGUUUAGUUUUUACAACUACCUUCGAACUCAUCCUUUGCUUAUUCGAAGAAACCUUGCCUCCCCUGAAGGAACUUUGGCAACCUUAGGUCUCAAAACUGAGAAAAACUUUGUUGAUAAAAUUAACCUCAUAGAAAGAAAAUUAUUCUUUACCACUGCAAAUGCUCAUUUUAAAGUUGGAUGCCCUGUUUUAGCCUUGGAGGUACUCUCCAAAAUUCCAAAAGUAACCAAAACAUCUGCCUUACCUGCAAAAAAAGAUCAGCCUGACUUCAUUUCUAAAAAGAUGGCUGAUACACCUUCACAGUCAAAAGCUCUGAGUGAUGGCAAUGGAAGUUCUAGUAUUGACUGGUCAAAUGUAACUUCAUCACAGUAUGACUGGAGUCAGCCAAUAGUAAAAGUCGAUGAGGAACCUCUUACUCUUGAUUGGGGUGAAGAUCAUGAUAGUGCCUUAGAUGAAGAGGAAGAAGAUGCUGGUGGUUUGGUAAUGAAAAGUACAGAUGCCAGGGGAAAAGAUAGACAAGAAGAUCAGAAGUCCUUAGACCCUAAUACGUUAUUGACGCCUCAGGAAGAGGAUUGCCUUGAAGGUGAUACUGAAGUUGAUGUGAUUGCUGAACAACUAAAAUUCAGAGCUUGUUUAAAGAUCCUUAUGACUGAGCUAAGAACAUUGGCUACAGGUUAUGAAGUGGAUGGAGGAAAACUCAGAUUUCAACUCUAUAACUGGCUUGAAAAGGAAAUUGCUGCCUUGCAUGAUAUAUGUAAUCAUGAAUCAGUUAUUAAAGAAUAUUCCAGUAAAACAUAUUCCAAAGUAGAGAGUGAUCUUCUAGAUCAUGAAGAAAUGGUGGACAAACCAGACAUUGGUUCCUAUGAGCGCCACCAAAUAGAGAGACGAAGAUUGCAGGCUAAACGAGAACAUGCAGAAAGACGAAAGUUGUGGUUGCAGAAAAACCAAGAUCUCCUGAGAGUGUUUCUUAGUUAUUGUAGCCUUCAUGGGGCCCAGGGUGGUGGUCUGGCCUCAGUAAGGAUGGAACUCAAAUUUUUACUACAAGAAUCACAGCAGGAAACUACAGUAAAGCAGCUCCAGUCUCCACUACCAUUGCCUACCACCCUGCCUCUGCUUUCAGCAAGUAUUGCUUCGACAAAAACAGUCAUAGCUAAUCCUGUAUUGUACUUAAAUAAUCACAUCCAUGAUAUACUUUAUACUAUUGUUCAGAUGAAAACACCACCUCAUCCCAGUAUUGAAGACGUGAAGGUGCACACACUUCAUUCACUAGCAGCAUCACUUUCUGCAUCAAUUUACCAAGCAUUAUGUGACAGUCAUAGCUACAGCAGCCAAACAGAAGGAAAUCAGUUUACAGGAAUGGCUUACCAAGGACUUCUUUUAAGUGAUCGUCGAAGACUGAGGACAGAAAGCAUUGAAGAACAUGCAACACCAAAUUCUUCUCCUGCUCAGUGGCCUGGUGUGAGCUCACUUAUUAAUCUUUUGAGUUCAGCUCAAGAUGAAGACCAGCCAAAAUUGAACAUUCUGUUAUGUGAAGCUGUUGUUGCUGUUUAUUUAAGUUUAUUGAUACAUGCUCUUGCCACAAAUUCCUCCAAUGAAUUGUUUCGACUUGCAGCCCACCCAUUAAAUAAUCGAAUGUGGGCUGCUGUUUUUGGAGGGGGUGUGAAACUUGUCGUGAAACCUCGAAGACAGUCAGAAAAUAUUUCAGCACCUCCUGUUUCUUCUGAAGACAUAGAUAAACACCGCAGGAGAUUUAACAUGCGAAUGCUGGUCCCUGGAAGGCCUGUAAAAGAUGCUACUCCACCACCAGUGCCUGCAGAAAGACCAUCUUACAAAGAAAAGUUUAUUCCUCCUGAACUUAGUAUGUGGGAUUAUUUUGUUGCAAAGGAUCUCAGUUUAUACUUCCAGGAUUAUUCUGGCUUAUCCCUGGAUGCUGCUGAUGGAAUUGCAUUGAAUCAGCUGCCUGUAACAUCACCAUUAGGUAUUGCUGUGAUUAAAAACUUGGAGAACUGGGAACAGAUCCUGCAAGAGAAAAUGGAUCAAUUUGAAGGUCCACCCCCUAACUAUAUCAACACAUAUCCAACUGACCUUUCAGUAGGAGCUGGACCAGCUAUUCUUCGAAAUAAAGCAAUGCUAGAACCUGAAAAUACUCCAUUCAAGUCCCGAGAUUCUUCUGCACUUCCAGUGAAACGACUUUGGCAUUUCCUUGUUAAACAAGAAGUCCUUCAAGAGACGUUUAUUAGAUAUAUUUUUACUAAGAAAAGAAAGCAGAGUGAGGUUGAAGCUGAUCUGGGCUAUCCAGGUGGAAAGGCAAAAGUUAUUCAUAAGGAAUCUGAUAUGAUCAUGGCAUUUUCCGUUAAUAAGGCAAACUAUAAUGAAAUUGUUUUGGCUUCAACACAUGAUGUUCAGGAACUUGACGUUACUUCUCUACUGGCCUGUCAGUCAUACAUAUGGAUUGGAGAGGAGUAUGACAGAGAAUCCAAAAGUUCAGAUGAUAUUGAUUAUCGUGGUUCCACUACAACUCUUUAUCAACCCAGUGCAACGUCCUAUUCAGCAAGUCAAGUGCAUCCACCCUCAUCUCUGCCAUGGCUGGGCAGUGGACAGACUAGCACUGGAGCUAGUGUGCUUAUGAAAAGGAAUCUACAUAAUGUUAAGAGAAUGACCUCACAUCCAGUUCAUCAAUACUAUCUUACAGGUGCUCAGGAUGGCAGCGUACGCAUGUUUGAAUGGACACGACCUCAGCAACUUGUCUGCUUCCGUCAAGCUGGCAAUGCAAGAGUUACCAGAUUAUACUUUAAUUCACAGGGCAACAAGUGCGGUGUUGCAGAUGGAGAGGGUUUUCUGAGUAUCUGGCAAGUUAACCAAACUGCAGCAAAUCCCAAACCUUACAUGAGCUGGCAGUGCCACAGUAAAUCCACAAGUGACUUUGCAUUUAUUACCUCUUCGAGUCUAGUUGCCACAUCUGGACAGUCCAAUGAUAAUAGAAAUGUAUGCCUCUGGGACACAUUAAUAUCACCUGGAAACAGCCUCAUUCAUGGUUUCACAUGCCAUGAUCAUGGUGCCACGGUACUUCAAUAUGCACCAAAACAGCAACUCCUAAUUUCUGGAGGUAGGAAAGGAUAUGUCUGCGUUUUUGACAUCAGGCAGAGGCAGCUAAUUCACACAUUUCAGGCACAUGACUCAGCCAUCAAGGCUCUGGCUCUGGAUCCCUAUGAGGAAUAUUUUACCACAGGUUCAGCAGAAGGUAACAUAAAGGUUUGGAGAUUGACAGGCCAUGGCCUAAUUCAUUCAUUUAAAAACGAACAUGCUAAGCAGUCCAUAUUCCGAAACAUCGGGGCUGGAGUCAUGCAGAUUGACAUCAUCCAGGGCAAUCGGAUCUUCUCCUGUGGUGCAGACGGCACGCUGAAAACCAGGGUUUUGCCCAAUGCUUUUAACAUCCCUAACAGAAUUCUUGACAUUCUAUAGACUUAAAGAUUGGGGUUUUAUUUUUAUAUAUACAUUUCAAUUAAAAAACACUGUAGUACUCAUUAGGCAAGUCUGCUUUCCAAGCAGUUAACACAUUGAAAACAAUACAGGGAAUCUCUGUGCAGAGUUUGAAUCUGAUCCAAGCUGAGCGUUGUGCUGAGUAUUGGCUAUACAGGUUGGUAGAAUGCGCAUGUACCUUGUUAUAAUGCUGACAUUCUAAAAACAAAAUAUAAAAUCAACCCUAAUAUUGUAUGAAGGAUAGCUAUUCUUUAUAGCAUUUAGCAAACCUGAUUCAGAAAAUAUUCGCAAAUUAGUAACUUGAAACAAUGAGAAGGACCUUUAUACCAAAUUAAGGAGGAAAAUGUUGCUGAUUUAGGUUUUUCUUCCUGUUCUUAUCACUGAUUGAAGCAUGCCUGCAGUCUCCUUCUCUGUGGAAUGAAGGAUAGUCAUACGGUGUUAAGA